UAAAUUAACCGCCCUCAUUGUCCCCCCUGGCCGGCUAGCAAUGGGUAAGCUGAAAGUACUGUGUGUUCACGGCUACAGACAAAACGACACGGUAUUCAGGGAGAAAACUGGUGCCUUCAGGAAGCUAGUUAAGAAGCAUAUUGACUUCCACUUCAUCAGUGCUCCACACGUUAUUCCUGAGGAACACAAUGAAGCACGACCCGCACCAGAGCAAGAGAGAGGAUGGUGGUUCUCCAAGCCGGAAAAAAGCUACAGAGCUCUGGACGAAACAGACGUGUGUAUUGGUUUUGACGACUCACUUCAACUAAUCGUAAGAGAAUUCGAGACAAACGGUCCAUUUGACGGUAUCCUAGGGUUUAGUCAAGGAGCUUCAUUCGUUUCACUACUUUGCACCUUGAAAAGAAAUCCGAAAUACAGACUGGACUUUAAAUUCGCAAUCAUUGUAGCUGGAUUCAAGUCGCUGCUGAGUGCUCAUCGACCCAUGUAUGAGGAGCCCAUUGACUGUCCAAGUUUCCACACAGUUGGCGAAAGUGAUGCAGUCAUUCCGUCCCAAUCGAGUGAAGAUCUGCAGUCAGCCUUCAUCGGCCCAGUGGUGUACAGACACAGCGGUGGACACUACAUGCCAGCUUCACCUCAACUUAGAACUGCAAUCACUGAAUUUCUAUCUCCUUUUUUAACAUAAAUUUAUGCAAUAUCUAACUCGAUUUGUAUGACAUUAUUACAUGUACAUGUACAUGUACCAGCAGGAGUGUAUGAAUACAUGAUAAUUACACAAAAAAUGUAUAUGACAUCUGAUCAAACUUUAUGAAAAUUAAUUUUCUGA